AUGUUGGCCUCGACUGCGGAGUUCCAAACUAUCCUGCCUCGCCCGACGACAUUUCCCUCAACACUGCGCAUUCGCGUUCACCCGAAUCACAGCGAUGUCGACGGUGUGUCCCACGCAGCCGUGGAAGCCAUCAACGACCACGAACUUGCCCACUUCACACGUCUGGGAUCCUACGCCGACGCCGACCCUCUCCCAGACAGUUGUCUGAUAUACAACGAAUACUACCACAAGCGCGAAUGCCUUACACUCCUCCUUGACCUGCGCAAAGCCUCCCCGGACGUUUUGUCUCCAACCUAUAACGACAACAUGCUCGCGCGCGGCGCCACUUCGAGUGAGGACUACCUCUGGAAACACGCUGCCACCCUCACCAUUGUCGCGCCCUUCUCCAUCUUCUCCGUCGUCCACCCAGCCAACCGCAUUGUUGGGCACCACACUGUCACCUACAAGAAGCUUCGCCGCAUGGAAUGUCUGGACGAUUUCUAUUGGAAACUACAGCACGUCGACCAAGCCAUCAUCACGCGUUCCGCGGGCGACGCGCUGGAGGAUCACCGCAUCAUCCUUUCGCUACAACAUACCUACUGCCACACUGCGCCGUUGGAUAUCCUGCCGAAGGAGUAUCUCACCGCGGAAGCGUUGCAGAAGAUGCAGGAGUUCUUCGUGUUGCCUAAGACGACAUACUUGCAUGCGAACACGAGUUGUCAAGUGGCGAGCUUCGGCGAGACACUAAAGGACUACACAGUGGCGGUAGAAGCGUUUCCGGCGUUGAGACUGGAGGUGUAUCGGGAGAGGAUGGGGGAGGAGGAGCCGGCGGAUGAUUGGGGAGGGAAGCAGGUGCGGCAUUUGAGGAGAACGAAGCCGGAGUUGAAGGAGUAA